GUGGUUCAAACUUCAAAUUCAUUUUUCACUGCAUAUCCUCAGCAUGAACGCAACCGUAACAAAGGCAGGACGUUAAGCCUACUACCCAGGUCACGGUAGAGAACUCAGCUCCAAACAAUCACAGUAGUUCUACAGGAGCCAUCGGAAGCCAUUGACAGCUAUCCAACCAACUCGUGGCCGUGACUCUUCUCCCCGAGUCGUGCUACUCGACUAGUCGACCACGAAAGAUUGUCGAUCGCGUGCAACGUGCCCGUAAUUGUCUACCUUUCCGACUGGUUACCGGAUCACCUAUCUAUCAUUCUUCUUACAGCCGUGGGUGGCACGAUGGCGGUUUUGUCCAACGAAGACCCUCGCAUUACUGCCGUUAGCAUGGAAUUCCGAACUCCCUGUUUCUACCGCACCUUUCUGACCGCCAAACAUUUUCGCCCACAUGUGUAACGCGUCAGAGACCCUGUCGUUGACCUUUGAUGUGUUUGGAUAGGUGGCUUCCUUCGCGACAUGGUUUAUUUCAGCGUUGAAUUGCAUUCCGUUACGGGUCCUGUCGAUGCACACAUUCACGGACGUGUUACCGAUCAGUACAAUUUCCACCGCUACCAAUACGCAUAGACAUAUUCGGCGAUUGAAUCAGCCUUUUCCUGCAUAUAGCGCAACACUGUAUUGCCGAGCUGAGAUACAAUGGGGAGAAUGUGCUAGUUAUUCCGAUGCUAAAGACUCGAUCUACAUCCCUGACUCCACAAUCAUGAACCACAGUGACAAUUUGACAAAGUCAAGGGACUUUUUGGCAGACGAUGCGAAUAGGAACGAUACCAGGGACACUGAGUGUAUGUACGGGAUGUACGAGUUGAUAGGAUCCGAGUCUGCGAUACUCCUUUAUUCUUCUCUCUGGUACAUCACAACGUCCCGACAGCUAAGUUCGAUAUAGCAGGCUGCUGUGUCUAUUUCCGAUAAGCUCUCCCAUAUUACAGGAUGUCUGGUCGGGGACGUGGAAAUAGACCUAAGCAGACCGCAAGGAGGGGCGGAACUCCGAUGCAUACUGGCGAUCGCACCAAUGCAACCAUUCGCUUGGACGACAAUCUGAGUAACGCCUUUUUCACCGGUGUCAGACUUGAAGAUGAACCCCAUGGCAGCGAGCAGCUUCCUGAACUUCCCCCCGGAUUUCCACACCUGUUCAGCACCAUUCCGGACAAUCUACACUCACGCCUGCCGUCUCUCAAACCCGCGGCAGGACCACCCAUAAUUUUUGAAGGGAUGGUGGGUGGUGCAAUGUUUGUAAACCCCGAACUAGAUCCUCGUCUCCAUGCCGUUAGCAUGGGGUUUCCAAUCUCAGUCCACCCUCUCCGACUUCCAAACACCCGUGCACAAUUCGCCUCUGGAUCCACAGUGUCCGUAAUUGACUACCGCUUCCUUCGCCUUUCGGGUUUAUUACACGAGAUGGUUCCUCUCAGACCUGGAGUGGACCAAGCAAAGCUUCUCAAUAAUGACGGAAGUCGAAUUGCACAGGUGUGGGGUAAAGUCGAGGUGGUGUUCGAUGCACAGGGGUAUGAGUUCAAGGAGACUUGUUGGGUGAUAAACAUAGGAUUCCCGGUGGACAUCCAGUUCGGCAUAGACUGGGCAAGACAAAAUGGGUUGGUUACGAAUCUUGAUCAGGGUAAUUUCGUUAUUAGCAGUGCGAAGGCAAAGAAAGUGCGGAAUUUGCAGGAUAUUUAUGUAACACGAUGAAGGGCUGCAGAAUAAUGGGCGAUAAGUAAAUUUCGCGGAAAGGCUACAUUUCGAUGAGAAAGUUUCAAACAGUGCUUGAUACAAAGGAGGUCAUAAUGUCAUGUCCAUAUCGGAAAGUCAUAAGUGGAACCUUCAUCGCUUAUGGUGAUUCAACCAAUAUCGGAAACAUCCAUAUGCGGUGCUAGCCAC